AUGCCGGGCUUCCUGGUACCUGGUCCUCCCGUGAGGCUAUGUGUGGGUCUUACGUGUGUCCUGUCCCUUUGGAACACAGUGUCUGCUGUUAAAGGAGAAGCCAAGAAGGAAAAGCCCAUGACCUUCCUUCCUACCACAGAUUUCACGGCCCUGCUGGUGGACAUCAUUGGAAAUUCUACCAGCUACCUCACAGAGAUUUUUAAGUCAACGUCCAUCCUCUCAGUGAGUCAAACGAAUGAAUCCGACUGCACCUUCAUCUGUGUGAUGACAGGAAAGUCAGGAAGGAAUCUUUCUGACUUCUGGGAUAUGGCAGAGAAAUCUCCUGUGAUAAACUACACAUUCACCAGCAGCACGUCUGGUGUUCCAGGUGAGUCUCCCGGGGGCACGGCCGUGACUUCCAAGCUCACACCCACGGGCCAGCAGACACAACGGAGGACAAGCCGCCUGCAUGGAACCCAGAACACCAGGGCACCUGCUCCGAGAACCUCUCCCUGGACAGAGACAACUCCUGCAGAGGGCGAGCAGCCUGUGAGCACAGACAGGAUUCCGGAGCUCCAUGCCAGGGCCACAGCCACAGCCACGCAGGGCAGCUCCUCCCCCACCCUCCCAGCCUUGGCUACCAGGAUGGUGGCCAAGACCCCACGGGUGACGACCAGCACUCAGGCAUGGAAUCCCACACUAUCUAUGCCCUGGGCACCUGCAGGGCCUCCCUGGAAAACACUGACCUCCACGCCGACAACUGCUACAGAGGCCGAGGCCAUGAGGAGCCUGUCCGGGCCUCCUGCUAGGACAGCGGCCACACAUGGCAACUCCUCCCAGGUUCGCCCAACCUCAGCAUCCGACAUGAUGUAUCACAGCUGUAGUCGGUACUUGCCCGUUUCCUCCUCCACCCUGGGCAAACCUCCACUGCGAGUUUUAACUCUUACUCAGUUCGGCGUCCUCACUGCCCUGCGGGGAACCUCCACCCCUGGCACAAGGACCCCGAGUCCAACCAAGGCACCAGCCCCGAAAUAUCCACAGACAGGUGACCUCCCUGCAGCAGGGCCAUUUAUCCCUGGAGAAGAGCCAGCCCCAGGCCUGGGACCCCACCAAGUGUCAAGGUGUCCUCAGUGGCUCCUCGAAGAGGGGGCCAUCACCACCGCUCCCCUCACCCUGGCCAUCCAGAAGCUCAACCCUUGCUUGAUGGAGCUGUGCCGCUUUUUCCAGCAAUGUCUCUGCAUGAGCGGGAAGCGAGAGGCCAGGACGGAGGCCAUGAGGUACUGUCUUGAAUACUAUGCCUGGUUUCUGAAGAACGCAACACGCGUCUGUCAGAGGGUGGAAAGGGUGCCCCACUCCCACACCUUAAAACAAAAAUGUCUCCAGAAUAUCUGCCAGUCGGUGUGA